ACAGCAUAACUGGAACUAGUCCAUUUCCUCCCUAAGUAUUCCUUUUUCUUCCUCCCUUUCCCUCCUCCCAGCUCCCCAAUUUUUUGGGCACCACAGAUUGCGUUUGUUCAGAAAGAAAAGUUACAACUAGUACGGUAACAUUCUCCAGAAUGGCUUGGAUUUCUCAAACAGUUUACUUCAUUGUGUUAUUUUCUUCAGUAUGUAGUGAAUGUGUGCGUGAAAUCUACGAAAACACGUAUUUCCAAGGAGGAGAUGUCUCUAUGGUUUAUACACCAAAUGAAGACUACUGCCAAAUAAUGUGCACGUAUCACCCAAGGUGUUUAGUAUUUUCCUACAUGCCAGGAGACUGGCUGAAAAAUACUUCAAGGUUUGCAUGCUUUCUGAAAGACAUUGAUACUCAAGAGUUGCCAAAGAUAUCUGUGAGAGGAGUAAUCUCUGGACACUCCCAGAAACAAUGCCCUCGCGUAUCUGCUUGCAGCAAGAAAGUCUAUGAAGGGUUGGACAUGAAAGGAGAAAAUUACAAUAUCACCACUGCAGAGAGUUAUCACCACUGCCAAAAAAGAUGCACCAAUGACAAUCACUGUCAGUUUUUCACAUACACCACAGCUUCAUUUCAUAGUGCACAUUUACGCAAGAAAUGCUACUUGAAAUAUAGCGCCACAGGAACGCCAACCCAGAUAAGGCAGCUUAAGAACGUUAUAGCAGGAUUUUCAUUAAAGUCCUGUCAAGUUGCUGAAACAGACUGUCGAUUGGACAUUUUUCAACAUGCAUUUUCUGGAAUUGCUGUUGGAAGGGUUUUGACACCUGAUGCCUAUGUAUGUAGAACAACUUGCACUUACCACCCAACCUGCUUAUUUUUUACCUUUUAUAGUAGUGAUGGAAAUGUAAAAAACCCAAGAUUUACCUGUCUAAUGAUGACAUCAAGAAGUGGAAUACCAGAUCGUUUUGCAGAAGGACAAAAAGUUAUGUCAGGCUUCAGUCUCCUAAACUGCAGGAGUUCUACGCCAGCCUGUCCUUCUCAGACUUACCCCGAUUUAAACUUUCUGGGGAUGGAAGUGAAUGCAGAAUACGUCAGUGGUCACGAGCCAUGUCAGCAGCUUUGCACGGACACAGUCCGCUGCCAGUUUUUUACUUACGAUCCUCACCCAACAUUGUGCAACCAAGAAGGGAAAUGUAAAUGCUAUUUAAGGAUAUCUGCCGAUGGGUCCCCAAAUAAAAUUGUGCGUGAGAAUGGAAAGGUUUCUGGCUAUUCUUCAAGACUAUGUCAAGUUAAAGACCACCCCGCAUGUGUGCAGAAACCUAAGGGAGAAUCACGGAUUGUGGGAGGAACAAAUUCUUCUUCUGGAGAAUGGCCCUGGCAAGUCAGUUUACACGUGAAGCUAUCGGUUCAGAGUCAUCUAUGCGGUGGUUCAAUCAUCAGCAACCAAUGGAUAUUGACUGCUGCCCAUUGCACAGAAGACCUUCUGGAAACUGAAGUUUGGCGUGUUUAUAGUGGCAUUGUGAAACAGUCAGAAAUAAAUGAAACCACCCCCUUCUUCAAAGUCCAAGAGAUUAUCAUUCACCCUAAGUAUGAGCUUUCAGAGACAGGAUAUGACAUUGCUUUAAUGAAACUGGAUAGACCUAUGAACUUCAGUGUUUCACAGCAACCACUGUGCCUGCCAUACCGACAAGAAAUGGAUACUGAAUACACCAGCUGCUGGGUAACUGGAUGGGGUUACACAAAAGAGAGAGGUGUGAUACACGAUGUUCUACAAAAAGUCAGCAUCCCCUUACUAUCUAAUGUAGAAUGUCAGUCACGAUACCAAGAACACAUGAUAACUGACAAGAUGUUGUGUGCUGGCUACAGAGAAGGUGGAAAGGAUGCUUGUAAGGGAGAUUCAGGUGGUCCUCUAUCAUGUAAACACCAGGGAACCUGGUAUUUGGUUGGUGUUACCAGCUGGGGUGAGGGAUGUGCGCGUCCAGGACAACCAGGAGUUUACACUAAUGUGGCUGAGUUUGUAGACUGGAUUCUAGAACAAAUCUCAUAAGAAAUGUCCAGUGACCUGAAUAUAUUUGGAACAUGAUGUCAGACAAACAGCUCUGGAAUUCUCAGAGAAAUACCAUAGAUGUUCUGUAAACCUCAUGAUUUUGAAAAGGCUAGCAGGGUUAAAUAAUACUCCUAAAAGUGUGCUUUCAAGUGGCAAAAGUCCCUCCCCCUCCACAUAUUGAAACUGACUGGUGUGUAUUCUUAUUACAAGGGGGAGAAAGUGUGCCUAAGCCAAUCAGUGCAUCGUGUAGUCUAGUUUUAUCGUGGGUACUCAUACAAGCAUUCCCCACUGUUCAGAGGGAUAACCUAUCCUAUGCAGUCACACCUAAGCAUAUUGAUUUCAGUGGGUUUAGGCAUGCAUAAUUCUACAAAGAAUCAGAUUGCAAGUAAGCCAUGAAGGGAGCAUUUAGUGUUCAAAUCCCAUUGAUCUAACUGUGAUUUUUAAUAAUAAUAAUAAUAAUAAUAAUAAUAAUAAUAAUAAUAAUAAUAAUAGGAAUUAGAUCCAUAGAGCCACCAUCAUCCCUGGGGGGCUUGCAACAAAAUAUUAAAAGCAAAAUAUACAGUAAUAAUUAAACCAACACCAAAAGACGUAAAUACAUUCCUUACAUAGGAUUUACAGCAUAAAAUAAUUUACAGUCUGGUUUGAUGACGCAAUCUAAAAGCCUGGGUGAAUAAAUAGUUCUUUGCCUGGUGCUGAAAAGACAAAAAAGGAAGAUGUCAGGCAUGCUACUGGGGGGCAGCUGUUCCAUAGGUCACUUCCCCUGGAUUGCAUUAGAUUCCUAAAACUUAUCCACUUAUUAUUGGAAUUACACAUUUUACUUGAUACCAUUAACAUUCCCCCCGCCUUUUAAUUACCUGCAGUUUCAGAGGAGAAGAAAAACAACAAAGCAUUGGUUCACCUAAAAAAUAACUAAUACAAAGUUGGACUAUCAGAUUUGGAUGAAGUAAAGCCUUGUUGUUUCAGAUCUUUCAUGGGAAAAAUGCAUUCUAAGCAGUAGGUCUCUUUCUUCCUCCUUCUUGCAGUCUACUCUGCAUUGGUAUAUGAAAGACCGCCUCCUUCCCUGUAGACCUCUCAGGUGUUAUGAUUGGCAGAGGGGUGAGGGGGCCCUUUGGAUAGUUCCACCACCCUCCUAAAUUCGGGGACGGCGGCCUGGGAGAGGGGAACCCUCUCUACAGAGGUAUGGUAUAGCUUCACGGUAUAGCUUUUGUCAUAUGCUGAAGACACACCUUUUUACCCUGACCUUUGACACCUGAGAUACAUUUUUUUUAGGAUCUACCCCAUUAUUUUGAUUGUAAACUGUUUUCAUUGAUCUUAAUACUGUAUUUUUACAUUGCCAAAACUUGCCCCUGAUCCUUAUGGUAAAGGGUGGGAAAGAAAUCUAAUAGAAAAACAACAAAACAAAUAAAUACAAACCACAAUUCCAGGUUUAGACAUAAUGGGAAGCCAAGGCUUCCUGGCUUGUUUAUUCCACUUUCUUUGUAUGCUGAAGAUUCACCUCUUUCCGCUGUUCUUUGAUAACUGAGAUUUUAUUUAGCACCCACCCAAUUCUUUUGAUUUAAAUUGUUUUAACUAAUUUUAAUAUUGUGUUUUUAUAUUAUUGUAACCCACCCUGGAACCUUAUGGUGAAAGGCAGUUAAGAAAUCCUACAAUUAAAUUAAAGAAAUAAAAAUAAUUUCUCAGCUGAAUUUCUCAGGUGAGAGGGGGCCAUUUUCUUGGUGGAUGGCCAGGGAGGGAAAUAUCCUUACCAAAGUACUCCUGCACUAUAGAAUGGACAGAGUACCCAGGUGAAAUUUCUGUUUUUCCAGUUAUAAAAUAUUGUGGUAUUAGGAAGAUGCCAUAUCCUCACAAAAGAAGCUGACCUUGAGAAAUGUUGGUUGGAUCCCAUUCAACGGUUUAGCAGUGUAAAGAAAAUGAUCAUGUAGAAUGGCACAAGAAAUAUGAUCAAAUAUGAGUAUAUGAUCAAAGAAACCUGUAUUCUGAAUAAGCGUACCAGUAGCAGACUAUAGAUACAGACGAAAUAUGCCCUUCUUUUUAUUGGGGUUUCUAUGGAACAUUUUGUGAUGAGAACAAGAUAUGAGGUAAUACUAUAACAAGAAAAUUGAUUGAGCAACCUGUA